AUGGAUCAACUAUCAAUUGAAAGUGUAUACCAAACAACAUUAUCCUACUAUAUGUUCAUUAUGCUCAUAGUUCAUAAUGAUAUUGAACUAUUGAGAUAUUAUUGCAGGAAUAGGGGAAUGAAUUUUAAUUUUUAUAUUGAUUUUCAAAGUUUAGAUGUUCAACCAACUUAUUAUAUAGAAUCAACAGAGAUGUUAGAUUAUUUAUUUAAUAACCAUAUUAGAUACUUUUUAGAUCCUUUUUAUACUGGGAAUUAUAGUACACAUUUUAAAAGUUUAAUACUAUUAAAACAUUUUGAAUCAUUAUUGUUUAAAACAGGACAGCUUCAAUUAGAGGAAAAUGAUAAUCUUGUUUGCUUUAUAAAAAAAGAAGAUAAAAGAUAUAAUAAUAUUCAAAAUAAAAAUUCAAGAAAUAUCAAGAUUUUGUUGAUUAAUCAUUUUUCAUCAAAUCCAUCAAUAUACUAUAAUGAAAGAUUAGAUCAUCAAUUAUUUUUAGUACUCACCAGCAGUAAUGACGAUUCAUCAUCAUCUUCAUCAUCACCACCAAUCAACUUUGAAGUAUUAAAAGAUUUAGCAAUCGAUGCACUCAAAUUUGAUAUUAAUCUAUUUCAUUCAAGAACAUUAACAAAAAAUCAUUAUACCAAGAAUUAUUUGAAAUUUAUAGAAUGGAUGUUUUUAAACUAUAAUGAUGAAAUGAAAAAAGGUGGUCAUUUUUAUCAUAAUGAAGUCUACUAUUUCCAUUUAUUAAUGUCAAUUGAUCAAUUUGAUUAUAAUAAUAAUAGUAACGAUUUAAAAGAAAAAGGUGGUACUACUAUUAAUAUUGAAAAAAAUGCUUAA